GACUCGAAGGCGCGUCGUUACCGAGAUCCACUGCACCUGCUUGCAACCUGCUGCCACACAGGACGGAAACCCUCCUGCAUGUCCACAGGUUCAACCAUGGACCACACGUUACUACCUCGGUCCAUCUGGACCAGUGACAGUAAAUUCCUGCAGCAUCCCGCGGAUCUCUACACCAGUGUGAUUGUUACGCGCAGCAUCCCUAGAGGCACGUCCUUUGGUCCUUGUGUACUCCAAAAUACCUUCUACGACACCAUUGCCUUCAUAGCGCAGAAGUCCUGCGACAAACGAACAAAGUCCUACGUAUUUCGGGUAGACCCUGAGGCUAUGCGCAAUUCUGCGCUGGUGCUGUCCUGGCUGCGGCUGGUUCAGGCUGCGCGUAACGGAGAGGAGCAGAACACCGAGGCCUUUCUGAAAGCGGGUCAACUGUACGUGCGCACCACCCGGGACAUCCGGCAGGAGGAAGAGCUGCUGGUGUGGUACGACCAGGAACUGUCUCACCUGCUGGGAUUCACAGACAUGACAACUAGAGGACCAACUGAGGACUUAAAAUGUGGAAAAUGUAAUCAGGUCUUCAAGAAUGAAUAUCCUUUCCUGGCGCACUGCCGAUUCCUGUGUGCCCAAGUAAAGAGUGACACCUGGAGCCGAGAGGCUUACGAGCACAAACACAUGGAAAUUAAGAGGCAACAUCGAGUGACAGAUUUCCAUAACAUCGCCAGAGAUUUGGAACAUAAAAAAACUGGCAUUAAUGAGGAUGCCGAGAUUUCCUCUAAGAAAAGGAAAUACGAGGAAACAUUUUUUCCCAAAGGACGGAAAUCAGUUCUCCUAGAGAAAACUAACAUCUCAAAUGACAGUAUCACUCAACUAACCAGGGACUACCACCAAGCCGCACUCAAUACAUCUGCCUCUACUCUGAAACUGACAGCUGAUAAGCUCAAACUGGACCAUUUAGGAUGUAAGAACGACGCUCCUGCUGAAGUCGGGGAGACCAAAGGGAAUUUUACGCACGACAAAGACGUGGACGUACAGUCGGAGAGGGGAAGGAGCUCUGGUGUGCAUUCAAGUAGCAGCAGUGCAUUUUCUCUGGUUCUGUCAAAUAGUCAAGGGGAGCAGAAAAGCGCUUUCUGUAAACCGAGCAAAAGAACUUCUCCCCCUGAGCCUCCGGUGCAUCUAACAAGCGUGCCAACAGCUCCCUCUAGCCGCCUAGAGGACAUGACAGAUGUUUUCACCUCCAGGACUGUCAUGGGAUACGGCAACCUGAUGGCAUCCAACAUCUUGACUGGCGAGUUACAGAGCGCACAGGCUGUGCCCUCGCAGGUUGCCAUUAGCAGUGCUUUCCAUUACGCACCAGAGCACUGGUCGAGGAACAUAGGCGCUCAGCUUCAGACCACAUCCUCUCUCACUAUCCUUCCGCCGACCUUCACCUCGUUCGGAGUGUCAGUGCAGAACUGGUGUGCCAAAUGUAACCUCUCGUUCCGGAUGACCUCUGACCUCGUUUUCCACAUGCGCUCCCACCACAAGAAAGAGUUUGCGGCGGAGUCCCAGGUGAGGAGAAGGAGGGAAGAGAAACUCACCUGCCCAAUCUGCCACGAAUACUUUCGAGAGCGGCACCACCUGUCCAGACACAUGACUUCUCAUAACUGAAUCUAUAAAGGACAAAACUCUAUUUAUUUCCUAAAUGAUGCGUAGAGUGUCUACAUUUAACUGCUUUAGAUUCCAGAUUCAUGGUAAGACUUUGUUGAAUGUAGGUAGCUGUACAGAAAAUAGGAGUUUGCGCACCCUGGGCGCAGUGGACACAUGGCCAUCAGAGCCUGUCCACUAGAUGACGAUAGAGGUACGUGUAAAUUGACUGUACCACAAGUUGACUGUAUGUCGUGUAGUCUUGUUUGUGAGCUUGAUGAUUAAAUUAUGUGUGAACUGUGCCUUAUGAAACUCAGGAUGGGAUCGAGAGAGAGAGAGAGAGAGGUCUGGAGGACAGCUCAUGAUUGUCAUAAACAUCUCGACGCUAUUCUUUUAUUUAUCAGCUUACUC